GGCAACGAGACGGACGCUUUUUUCUCGACCCAAAAGCAACAACGACAGCAACGACGUUUUACAGGCAGUAGGCUGCCCCUCUAUUCCGAGGAAAUGCAGCAUCAACAACCAUUGUCCGAGCAACAGCCAGUACCCGAACUUUCAGAACUCGUUCACGAAGCUGCAGUCACGCAUGACCUUAGUCUUCUCGUUAAUUUUCACGAAGAAGCCAUUAAACAAGCUGGAGUGGGAUACUUUCAGACCUUGGCAGUACUUUACAUUGGAAUAUGCCUUGCUGCAGAUACAGUUGAAUUUUUUGUUGUGCCCUAUAUCCUUCCUAGUGCUGAAGUUGAAUUGUGCAUCGAAGAUAACGAGAAAGGAUGGCUUGGCAAUAUUACUCUAAUGGGUCUUGCUUUUGGAGGACUUUGCUGGGGAGGAUUAGGUGACAGAUUAGGGCGAAGAAGAUCAUUAAUAUCUGCUAUGUCUGUACAUGCUUUAUUCAGUGGAGUUGCUACUUUUAUGCCUACUUAUGGAACUUUUAUGACUGCUAGAUUUUGCUCAGCAGUUGGGGUUGGUGGAUCACUACCUUUAUCAUAUGCAUAUUUAGCAGAAUGUUGUCCGUGCUCUAGUCGUAGCAAAUGGAUUGGUCUACUAGUUGGAACUGGUGCUUUGGGAGGUGUUUAUGCAGUUUUACUUGCUUGGGCAGUAGUUCCAUCAACCGGUGAGAUGGUUGUAUUAGAAAACAAAGAGCACUUUAGUGCUUGGCAUCGUUUUUUAUUGCUAUGCUGUAUUCCUGCACUCUGUGCUACUGUUGGCCUAAUAUUUUUACCAGAGAGUCCACGUUAUCUUGUUGAAGCUGGUCAUGACGUUGAAGCUAUGAUGGUGUAUCAGAGGAUAUAUAAUAAAAACAAUACACAAAGAAAUGCUGUAGAAGCACAAUAUCCCCUCUCUGAAUUAGAGCUUCCAAAUAAAAGACCUCGUGGAUUGGCUUCUUCAUCUUCAGCCAGUAAUCAUAAUUUAAGUGUUAUGGCAGAUAUUAUAUAUUCUAUAGAAAUGUUUGGGAGUUCAUUUCUUGAAUUAUUUUCUAUACCCUACUUCAAAGUAACAGUUGUUCUUCUAGUCAUUUGGUCAGCUGCAGCAUUUGGACUUUAUGGAUUGAUGUUGUGGUGUCCUGAAUAUUUAAAACUGUUAAGAUCCAUGGAAUAUAAAGCUCAUACAAAAAAGCUGAUUGGUCAAAAUUACGUCAAUAAAACAUUCAGUGGGUCAUUAGAAAAUUGUCAAUACAAAAAUUCAAAAUUUCUAAGCUGCAGAUUUUCUAAAAUAAUAUUCAGCCAUAUAAUCUUUGACAAUUGCACAUUUCAUUCAGUGGAAUUUAGUAGUAUAAAAUCUAGUAGGACGCACUUUACCGACAGUGUAAUUAUUGAUUCUAAGUUUAUUGAUACAGAUCUUUCUGCACAAGUUUUUACUAGAUGUAAGCUAGAGAAUAAUACAGAACUAAGUUUAAGUGGUGCAUGUCCUACUCUUGAUUUAGAUUAUAACAUCUACAUUGAGGAAGCACUACAUGGACAUCUGGUAGCUCAAUUAGUGUUUAUACCUGCAGCUGCAAUUGCUGGAUUAGCAUUAACUAUAUUUGAAAGGCCAAAAAUGAUUGGUGCAUCAUUAUUUUUCUCUUCUGUGACUGCAAUCUGUUUACUGUUGGUCAGUACAAAUAGCACUAUCAUUCUUGGCUUUGAAGGCAGUUUUAUUGCAAUAUUUACUGUUGCUUGGACAGCUUUGACUUUGAUCACUGUUGAGUAUUAUCCUACACAUUUAAGAUGUACUGGAUUUGGUUUGAUGACAGCUAGUAUUCGAAUGUCAGGGUUGAUAGGAACAGCAACUUACCAAACACUUGUUGGUACGUCUGUAAUAGCCCCUGCAUUGUUAACUGCAACAACCUUGAUUAUUGCUAGUAUAGCUACAUUCAAGUUGCCUAAAACUCGUGCAGUUUUUUUAUAAAUAACCAUAUUAGACUGUAAAGUAAAUAAUAAGUAAUAUUUUUUAUAAGAUUUCUUUUUCCAAAGCAAAUUGAACAUUAUAAUCUUUUGUGAUAUUAAUUUCUGAGUGAAUGUGCUUUUGAGCGUAUUAUACGACAAAUCGGAAAGUGUAGUACAGAAUGAAACAAGAAACAGUUCUAUUACUUUUCAAAGCAACAAAAUAAUUUUUAUAUUAAUUAACACAUUAUGAGCGGAGCAGUUAUUUGUACCCGUUGCGAGGAUUGCCACUUAUAAGCGGGGAAGGUUCUAGAACUCGUUCCGCACAUUACCGUUUAAAAGCGGGACAGGUACCCGAUUAAAAUAAGUAAUUUUAAGUGAGAAAAGAGAAAAAUAAUGUUUUAUCAAAUAUAUGACUACGUCUCAAAGAACGUAAACGCAACAAUGUCCGAUAUCCUGAACUAGCCGCCAUAAUGUGUUAAGACAUCCAUUUUUUAUUACAUACUUCUAAAACCAGAAUUUUUAUUUAAUGUAAAUGUUUGUGUUGACAGUUCUUUUUGACAAAAUGAACAAUCUCAGUUUUGAUCAAUCCAACUUAUGAAAUUAAUUACUAAAUAAAUAUUUCUAUUAUUGAAGAUAAAAACUAAAAAAACUGUUGUUGAAUGUUUGAUUGUAAUUACGACAUUGAAAUUGUAUGAAUGUUAAUGAAAAAAAGCAUUGGACAAACUAGUACGUAUCCACAUUAUCAGUUUUUAGUUCCUGAUAUAAAAAGGGGUAGGCGUAAGGAAUGAAGGAACUCAGCGGGAAAUUAUAGAAUAACUGUGCGUCAGCAGUAAAAAUAAGAAAACCAAUUCACUAGUAUACCAAUAAUAGGUCAUUUUUUGUAUCAUAAGCGAGCUUUAGUAUUCUUCAAGGAUUUUGGUGUACUAAAUCCAAAUCUGGCCUUAAAAUUGUUCCAUCACGUCAGGUUUUUCAGAUUUUUGAAAAAAAAAAAAUAUGAAAGUAUUUCUUUUUUACGCCAACUUUAAACGAUAAUGUUUUGCCGAAAUAUCAAUAUGUGUUUAAUUCUAAGAUCUUCAAAAUUGCUCGCUAUUAUAAGAAAUUUGCUCUGUUAUAAUAUAUUUGUAAAGUAGAUUAUUUUUUAUAAAAAAAUUUAAAUAAUAUACGUAUAUUAAUGAGCAGUCACAGUCAACUCCAUAAGUUAACGCAUGCGCAAGACGAUUGUUUAAAUUGCUUACGAUACGAAAUACAUUAUUUAAAUUUCUUUAUAAAAAAUAAUGUACUUUUCAAAUUUAUAACGGGGAAAAUUUCUUCCGAUAGUAAGCAACUUUUGAAGAAUUUAGGAUCGAACAAAUAUUGAUAUUUCGGCAAGAUAUUAUCGUUUAAAGUUUGCGUAAGAAAACCACUUUGAUAUUUUUUGGUUGAAAAAUGUAAUGCAAGCAAAUUAUUUGGCCAAAAUAGCAAACCGAGCAAUUUUGACACUAUUGAAAAUUAUUUUAUUUUAAUUUUAACUAUUUUGUGGGGCUGAUCUGGGGGUAGUUAAAAUUAUUGGUUGAUGAAAAUAUAAGCCAGGGAGUAAUAGAGAAGGAAACACAACUCCAUGUAUAGGAAAUGAACUAGCUUAAACGAGCAAAAUCGCCAAGUUCACUUGAUGAAAUAGCCACCCUUAAGUAGCAUCAGAUCUAUCUAGCGAGCACUGUCCGUACCCUGCAGGCAGCCGAUUUUAUCUACUGAUUACUCGGUGUCUACUUUUUAUGACUCCAAGUUGUAUUUACAACUUGAUUAUUGAGUGCCGAAAGCGAUAUACGAGUAAUAUAUGAUAAUCUCAUCACAUUUGCUAAGCACUGUAAUAAGUCCAAAUACACAUACGUAUGCCUAAACACAAGCUUUCCAGGGUCUACCAGCUUGAAUAUUCCUUUUAUACAUUAUACAGUGAUGUCGACACGAUAGCCGAAAUGGUACCAUUACUGCUUCGAAUUAGCAAAGAUGUUUGUUCGAAACUCGUCAACUUUUUUACAUAUGAUAUAGAUAAACAAUGUGCAAUAAAAUUUUUAUUCCUUUUCAUUUAUAUAAAAAUAAAAUGUGUACUACAUAUUUAGGAAUAAUUCAAUCACAAGUAAAGUUUUUGUUCUUUAUUUCAUGUACUAUCAAAAUUUAUUUUGUUUCUUUUCAAAUAAAAAAAAACAUUAUUUUCCAAACGUAAUUUCAAAUAUACAUUUAUCAAAGUAUCUCGAUAAUUUUAGUUUAAAAAAUUACUGAUCUCGAUCACUCGAAUAAUAAAACGUCUCCAACAAUAAAAUAUUAAUUUAUUGCUGGAUAAGUGAAAGCUUCAACGAUUGCAUUCAAAUGAAGCAUUUCUAUCAUAUAAAAGACUCAUUUUCUUAGUCGUUUUUUUUUUUUUUUUGAACUUGACAUUUGGUUAUUAUGUCUCAUAAGCGGUAUUAAUACACAAUUGACACGUGCUAGAUUUAAUUAAAUCAGUGAUUAUUAUUUAUGAUAUUCGGUAAAAGGUCGGUCGAUGACUGAUAUAAUUAAUCCGAUUCGAGAUUGCAAAAAAACAAAUAACCAUGAAACAUAUUUUAAUAUAUACAUUAAUUAAUAGAAUCAAGAACAAUGUUUAAAAAAUGAUCGAAGAAAAAAAAAACAAUGGUUGACGAGUUUCGAACCAAUAUCCUUACUGAUUCGAAGUAGUAAUGGUACCAUUUCGACUAUCGCGUCAACAUCACUCUAUACUGUAUGAAAGGAAUAUUUAAACUGUUGGAUCCUGGGGAGUUUGUGUUUAAGCUUACAUUAGUGUGUUUGAACUUAUUACAGUUCUUAGCAAUUGUGAUAAGAUUAUCAUACAUCGCUUGCGUUACUUAAUUAUCAAGUUUUAAGUACAAUUUGGAUUUUAAAAAAUAAAGACACGAAGCAAUCAGUAGAUAAAAUCGGCUGCCUGCAAGGUGUAGACGGCACUCGUUUGAUGGAUAUGACGCUACUGGGGGGGGGGGGGGGUCAUUAUUCCAUUGAGUGGACCUGACGAUUCUACUCAUUCAAGCUGGCUGAAUUUUUGGUUCGGCACCCAUAUAAGUUGUGUCUCCUUCUCUAUUACUCCUUGAUAUAAACCCCCCUUACCCUAGUCAGCAAAGUGUAAUGGACAGUGAAACAAAAAAAUACCAUUCGAAAUAUCUCUAAUUUAACCCUCCAAAAAUGCUCAUUAUUUUAAUUGAACUCCUUACUUUUUAAAAUUAUUAAUAUAUAUGUCAAAAACAACAAUCUAAUUUUAUUAUAUGUUCUUUCCAAAUGGAUGGUUUAUUGGGUUAUUUGGAAAGAACAUACAAUAAAAUUAGAUUGUUGUUUUUAACAUAUAUAUUAAUAAUUUUGAAAAAGUAAGAGGAGUGCAAUUAAAUCGAGCAAGGGUUCAAAUUUUCGCCUUGUUUCUUUGCAAAAAUAUUAAGUAUUACUAAAGAUAUCGCAGUUGCAAAAAAUGAAAAAAUUAUCAUAGUUUUUAAUUUUUUGUGGGACAAGUGAAGGGUUUGAAUUAAAAUAAUGAGCAUUUUUGGAGAGUUCAAUUAGAGAUAUUUCGAAUGGUAUUUUUUUUUCACUGUCCAUUACACUUUGCUGGCUGGGGUAAGCAAGGUUAGAUAUAAUAUAAGCCAUUUCUAUCAGUACAGCUCUUUAACUGAGGUAAAGAAACUCAGCGGAAAAUUUUUGAAAAUCGUUUCGAAAAAAUUAUUGAAAAAUUGCUCGUGAUUAACAAGGAUAAGAAAACUAUUUAUUGACUCCGAGCAAUUUCAUUUUAAUUAACAAAAAAAAUUGUAAAUUUGCUAACUCCUAGCUCUUGAUAAAACGUUUCUGCGCGGUGUAAAAACGUUAUAUUUAUAUAAAUUAAUAGUUGCAUACGUUAGUAAAAAUCACGAGUAAUUUUUCUACACUAAUGUUUUGUGUUUCGACUCCUGAUUUAUUAAUUAGUCAUGAUUAUAAUAUUGCAUGUUAGAGGGAGGGGUGGGCUGUUUGCUUCUAUAGACUUUACUGAAAUGAGCAUGUCGAGAUGACCCUGGCCAAAAAAUGAAUGAUUUCCUCAGAAAAAAAAUAUACACCAUUUGCUUCAUCUUAAUUUAUACCGCCCAAAAACUGCCUUUUAGGAAUUCAUAUCCAUAUAAAUUUCGAAAAAAAGCCAAAAGAACGAUAUCUCGGAAAACUUAUACUCCUGGCAGAAAAAUGAUUGAUAUUAAAAAAAAAUACCACUAGUUCCAUUAUAAUUUGUUCCACCCAAAAACUGUUUUUCUAGAAUUUGGACCCACCCCCCUAAAAAUAGAGAAAGAAUAGAAUUUCAUAAGUUAAUUUCACAAUUGAAAUUAACGUAUUACUGAGCAUGCACGGCGGAAACUCUAUCUUCCAACAAAAAAAUGUGCGAUUAUGAAAGAAAAAAAAUUAUAAAUGACUUCUUAAUUUAUAUCAUAAAAUAAUACACAAAAUUAAUUAGUACCCCUGUAGAAUUUGAAUACAAUGAUUUUGGUGAAAUUAUAAUUGAUAUAUUUGAUGAAAUUAUAAUUGAUACAUUUUACAGGAAAAUCACUUAUUUUUUAAGAAAAAAAUAUAUUUUCAACUUUUCUUAAAUUGUACUAACUAAAAAUAAUUAUAUUGUAACUUUUACCCUUUAAAAUUUAAUAAAACAAGUUAAUAUACAAAGUUCUAAGUUAACGUGUGUUAUUAAAUUCCUACAUCCACAAAAACAGCUAAUUACUCGGAUGAUAAAGUAUAAAUAAAGUAUAUCGAUGUGACGGCUAGCCGUAACUUAGUUUUUUUUUGGUCAAUUCAA